AUGGCGGGACGCUGUCCGCUCGCUUUGCGUGCAUCGAGACUAUGCUCUCGGUUGCCGGUGUCUCAUAAAAUGGGACCAAACACCACCGCAUCCGGCUGGAAAGUGCUGUAUAGCAGGGGACCUAGUCAGGGGUCUCCUCGAGCAUCAAUAUUCACGCUGGCCACGGGCUCACAGAAGAGACCUGGAACUGCCUCGGCCGAACUUUCCCAGCAAUGGAUGUCAAGGUUCAGGCUGCAACAACGGGGCUCUGCGAAGAAGUCAACCGAUCCAGACAAGCCGCAAGGAUCUCCGGCCAAGAAAUCGCCUAUUCUCUCGCGGAUUCCACUGCCGACAACUCAUGAGAACAUUUACACUGUUCCCAACAUCCUCACCUUCUCGCGGCUGAUUGCUGCUCCGCUAGUUGGCUACUUCCUGGUGUACGACUAUCAUGCCACAGCUCUGGCUCUCUUUGCAUACGCAGGCGUCACAGAUCUUGUUGAUGGAUAUAUCGCUCGACGAUAUAACCUGCAGACAGUUGUCGGGACGAUUAUUGACCCAAUGGCUGAUAAAUUGCUGAUGACUAUUGGUGUUGCUUGUCUUGCAGUUAACGGGUCAAUACCUGUGUGGCUUGCCGUGAUUAUCCUCGGUCGGGACGUUGGUCUCGCCCUCUCUGCCAUCUACUACCGAUGGAUAUCAUUACCGCCACCGAAGACUAUGGCGCGAUAUUGGGACUUUUCCCUCCCGUCUGCGGAGGUGAAGCCAACUGGCAUAUCCAAAGCCAACACAGCGCUGCAGCUACUCCUUGUCGGGAGCGCGAUGGCCCUCCCUGUGCUUCCGGCAGCAUACAUUGAUGCCUGGAACCUCAACGAAACAAUGACUGCAUUCCAGUAUCUUGUCGCUGCGACCACAAUCUGGUCGGGCCUGAGCUACGUUUUCUCCAAAGACGCAGUCAAGAUUCUUUCCAAGGAGGAGGCCCAGAAACGCAUCGCUCGCGCGGCGGGAAAGAAAAACCCUUGA